UCCGUCCUCCUCCGGUCCAGCAGGGGGCGCUGUCCGCCGCUCCGCUCUCCUCCUGUCGCUCCUGUCGUCGACGCGGAACUCUGUGUGUGUUUACGUCCCGCUGUCUUUGUUCCACUAAAGCAGGACAAUGUGCGCCGUGCAGCUGCUGCGGGUGUCGGUCCAUGAGCGGAUCAGCGCCGCCGCUGAAGACUUUCUGCUGCGGGUGGAAACAGCAGAAGAAGCGGCGGAACUCCCGGCGCUGAGAGCGCUGCUCACCGAGCGGCUAACGGCGGCUGCGGAGGAGAUCGUCGGUCUGUUGGAGGAAACCGUGGCGGAGUACGAAGACAGAGUGGAGCGGUCAGAGCGGGAGAUCUGCCGCCAGAGGAGGCUGCUCGAGGCCGUGCUGAAGCCCGAAGUGAAGCUGCACAGAGCAGUCUGUCCUGCAGAGGUUCCACCCAGUCUGGACCCAGCGGAACCAGCAGAACCACCACAUAUUAAAGAAGAACCAGAAGAACUCUGGACCAGCAGAGAGCAGCUUCAAGGAGUGGACGAGGUGAAGGAGGAGGAGGAGGAGGAGGAGGAAGAGGAGGAGGAACCUCAGUCCUCACAGCUCCAUCACAUGGAAACAGAACCUGAUGGAGAUGACCAUGGAGGACCAGAACCAGACAGAACCUCAGAUCCAGACCAACAUUUACAACCACUCAGUGAAGACAAUUCUCUGGACUCGACUGAGACCGACGACAGCGACUGUGAUUGGACACGAGCGGACCAAAUGGCGUCGGGUUUGGAGGAUCAGAAAAGCGGUGAAGCCGCCGAGAGUGAGACGGGCUCGCCAACGAAGGAGCGGCCGUUCCCGUGUUCGUACUGCGGGAAAAGAUUCAGCCUGAAGGGGAAUCUGAACCGACACAUACGGGACCACACCGGGGAGAGGCCGUUCCCGUGCACGGGCUGCGAGAAGUCCUUCAAAGACAGCGGGUCGCUGACGGCGCACAUGCGCUGCCACACCGGCGAGCAGCCGUACAGCUGCCUGUUCUGCGGGAAGAACUUCAGCGGCAGAGGAAACAUGACCCGACACAUGCGGAUCCACACGGGAGAGAAACCCUUCACGUGCUCCGUGUGCAGCAAGAGCUUCCACGUCAAAGAACACCUGAACCGACACAUGAAGUACCACACGGGGGAGAAACCCUUCAGCUGCACCGUCUGCGGGAAAGGCUGCGCUCAGAAGACGGACCUGAAGAAACACAUGCGGGUCCACACGGGGGAGAAACCCUUCAGCUGCCCCUUCUGCGGGAAGUGCUGCGCCGAGAAAGGAGACCUCACCAAACACAUGCGUGUCCACACCGGAGAGAAACCCUUCAGCUGCACCGUGUGCGGGAAGAGCUGCGCCCAGAAGGGAAGUCUGAAGAUCCACAUGCGAGUGCACACGGGGGAGAAACCCUUCAGCUGCUCCGUGUGCGCCAAGCGCUUCACCGUCACCGGACACCUGAAGAGACACAUGAAGCUGCACGCUGCCGAGGCCGCGGACACAGACAAGACGCAGCACGAAGCUAACGAAGCGACGAACGCGUCCUGAUCAGUCAGGCGGGUCAGAGGUCAGAGGUGAAGCCCGCCCGGCCCGGGGUCCAGCUUUGGACCCGUCCAGACCAGGUGUUUCCAUCAGAACAGCUGAUCGUCUCGAAGUCACAUGACUGAGCUGUUUCUGCACAGAUCUCAUGGCUGACUUCCUGUCUGUAACUUUCUGUCACUUCCUGUUUCCUGUUUGUGUUUCACACCUUUAGCUGAACUACAGGUGUGAGCGAGACAUCGACCAAUCAGAGGAGAGAACAUUGUCCCCUGAUGUUCAGUGACUUCCUGUGAGUCAUCAGGAUUUAUUGAUCCAAGGUCAGCUGAUGGUGUGAUGUCACAGACACACACACACACCUGUCAGCUGAUGGUGUGAUGUCACAGACA